UUUUGGUAGUACCUGCUAAAAGCCGUUAGCGGAAGAUAAACAUAACGCUCGUUCACCAUGGCAGAGACACACAGCUUGCAGGACAUGAGGCAACAGGCCGCCGUUGCUGCCAAAGUCUUCAUUCAGAGAGACUACACCAACGGAACAGUGUGCCAGUUCCAAACCAAGUUCCCCUCAGAGCUGGAGACCAGGAUUGACAAACAGCAGUUUGAGGAGACGGUGCGGACGUUAAAUAACCUGUACGCUGAAGCCGAGAAGCUGGGAAGCCAGUCAUAUAUUGAAGGCUGUCUGGCCUGCCUCACAGCGUACACCGUGUUCCUGUGUAUGGAGACUCACUACGAGAAGGUUUUGAAGAAGAUCGCUAAGUUCAUUCAGGAACAGAAUGACAAGAUCUAUGCACCGCGAGGCCUCCUGCUCACCGACCCCAUCGAGAGAGGCCUACGAGUCAUUGAGGUCACCAUCUUUGAAGACAGAAGCCUGACCAGAUAAAAGCUGCCACGCAGAGCGGAGCAGCCCAGCACCAGUGCUCACAUCCCAGAGGACCACACAGACCUGAACCCUUAAUACUGCGUCUCCACAAUCACAUUUUACCUUAUCCCGCUACCUGCCAUGUGCACGUCAGACUCGGAGUUUGCUUUGUAGCCGAGUAUGAUAUUUCAUACGCUACACAUGCUUACUCCUAUAAUAUCAUCUAAUAUGUGUGAAAUCCCUGACCCAUUUAACAGUUCAGGGUUUAAAUCUAUUAUAUUUACUUUGACAUUUGUAAAGGAUAUCACGGAAAAACACAAUUCAUCAUCAUCCUCAAAGCUCUUAUCCUUUCAUGCUUUUGGACUUGUGCUUGUGGAAAUAUGAUUUUUCUUGAAAUAUUUCUCUUUUUUGGACCUUUCUUUUUUUGAAUAAUUAAAGCCGACACACAGGGUAACUUAUUUUCUAUGAAGGUUUAUACAAGUCUUUUCCACACCAUGCUUAAAAUGAUUGUCUUGGCUGAGCUGAGGAAAUAAUAUAGUCAAGGAACAGCCAGUUCUGGUUAUCGGUGCGAUUUUUCUGCAUGUGGCAACUCACCGUUUAUCUUUCUCAUGUAUUUUUGCCUGAGUGCUUAAGUAGAGUAUCACUUUUCCUGCAUGUUUCUUUAGUAGGGGUUGACCUUGUCGUUAACUGACUGCUGAACUUUUUCUGGCUCCAAACAUUCCAGCCUAACCAUCACAUGUCCUUUCCUACUCUAUGUAUGCGUCAACUCGGUGAAGUUUUCUGUCGCUCUCCAAGAAGCCAAAACCAUAUGCUUGCUCUGUAAUUAGCAUGUAAAGCUACCCCUCGAGUCAUUUUUAUUUGUUAACUGUGCCAUGCAUAGUGUUUGGUGAGUACUGUUGAUUUUUAAACUCAUUUUUAAUAAGCAUUAUACUGUGUAAAGUAUUCAUAUAUUAGUAAUGUGGCCUUUUGACUGUAUUAAAAGUGCUCUUGUUAGUUGACGGUGCCUGUAAUGGCUUUGAAUGUCGCCUUUGUUUAAAGGCCUGGUCACACCAGGAUUUAGCACAGUAACAUUUUUGACGCUAAUUUGUGUUCAUCUGUCAAUAGCACAAUAGCAAGCAGUAUUGACGGUGACAGACCUUGCAACGACAGAGAACUAGGGAAGCUGCUGUAGCUUAGCUGUGUCACUUACUAGCUUUCAUUUUUACCUGUAGCUUAUUAGCUGUGGUUUAGCUGUGUCGUAUUUAUUUAGCCGUGUCACAUACUAGCUUAUUAGCUUCUUUUUUUUUUUUUUCCUGUAGCUUAUUAGCUGUGGCUUAGCUGUGUCGUAUGUUUUAGCCUUGUCACAUACUAGCUGUAGCUUGUUAGCUGUGUCACUUUUUUAGCUGUAGCUUAGCUGUGCUAUUUUUUUUUUUUAAGUUAUGCCGCAUUCUUGCUUAACUUUUUAGCUAUGUCACUUUUUAUUUUAGCGGAGUCACUUCUACUUUAUUCACUAAACCUCCCUUCUUAAGGAGUGGGCUGCUUCACAAAACAAGUAGUAGUUUUCAGACAGUUUUGAGGCAAAAGUCAAUGGUACAAAUACAACAAUUUUCUGGUUAGCAACUGGUCUUGGCUAACUAGCGAAUGAGUUUCUUAACUGCCUGUUAGCUUAGCUCGCAGUAAUGUAUGUUUCAUCUUGAGUAACAGUUAUAAAACAAAAGGAAAGGGGAGUAAGCAAAAAAGUGGAGUGACAUUUUAAAGUCAGACACCAGAGGUAACUUAUCAGCUCCAACAGAUUCCUGAGUUUGCAGUUAUGAGAAAAAAGUCCACAAACCAAAAUGAUUAAUUUUUAAUGAUUUCUUUGUUUUAUGGAGCAAAAAUCCCUACAGAAUAUUCAAAUUUAAUUAGCUGAAAAAUCAGAAGGCUUGUUUUAAUUAUUGAAAGAAGCACUUAAACUGAUUAAUCGGUUAUCAAAAUGGUUAUUUAAUUUUGUAAUAAUUGUUGCACAAUACAGCCAAUAUUUUUUACAGCAAAACCUACUGGUGUGAUCAGGUCUAAACAGUGAGAUAAUGUCAGUCAGAUCUGAACUUUGUUCUCUUAUUAAUAAACCUCUAAAUUAUGAUUUGAUGAUUGUAAGUUCACUCGUAGAACAUAUUUGGCUAGAAAUGUGUAAUUACUCUUGUGAACGUGGUGGAUAACGUGCGAGUUUAGACUUUUCAUUGUCAUAGCUAAAAUAUUUAAUACUUGUCUUGAUUUACGUUUGUGUAAAUAAUGGUUCAUUAUUAAUAUGUUUGGAUUUACUUUAUACUUUAUUCAUCUGGACUUCAGUUAAUUGAACUGUUCUAGGUUCUUUUCUUUUUUCAUUGGAAAUCCAAAUGUUUCAUUAAUUUACAGGAUGUAUGUUCAUGAAUAAAACACGUGUACAUAUUUUA